GGCAUCUAAUCAGGAUAAUGUACACCUGCACAUGGACGGCACAUUCAAAAUCGUCCCCAGAGCAGGUGGAGCACAUCAGCUCUUCAUAGUGCACUGGAUGAAGGAUCACACAGCAUAUCCAGUGGUGUUUUGCCUCAUGCCCAACCGGACCAGGCAGACCUACAUUGGGGUACUGCAGUUCACUAGGCAACUAUUUGGUACCUCCGUUGUCUCCUCUGUCCUAUGUGAUUACGAGUUGGCCCUGAGACAAGCAGUUUUGGAAGUAUUCAGUGGAAUUUCAUUGCGUGGGUGCUGGUUUCACUUAAAAAUGUUUUCAUGAAAGGUAAUUCAAUGUCAAAUUUGUAUGAAACAAUAUGGGCUUUUUUUCACUUUUAUAAUUAUUUUUCAGCACGCCAAAUGCAUAUUGCUGACGCAGUUGCCGUCAGAAUGGUCAUGGCCCUCCCACUCUUGCCCUCAGAAAGAAUUUCUGAAGGAAUUGACCUCGUUUGUGAGAGAAUUAAUAAUGAUGGUUUUUCAAGGUACAUGCAGAGACAGUGGCGGAACACAAACAUCUCUGUGUUCGGUUUUAGUAAUAGAACUAACAACGCCAUUGAGUCUCUGCAUGGACAAUUAUUAAAAAUAAUUGGUCGCGCACACCCGAAUUUCUGGGUGUUUGUGCAAUUCCUCCAGAAAUUCGAGCAUUACAAGUGCUCUGAUUUACUGAGGGUGCUUAGUGGACUCCAGCUGAGAAGACGGGAGAGGCGCCGUUAUUUGGAGCUCAAUCAGCGUAUCAAUGAUGCUCAGCAUCGUUUUGGGCAGGACGGCAAUUUGCGUCAGUUCCUGAGUGUUACCAGCCACACAGUGAUUGGCAUGAAUCGGCUGUUUGACCCAAAUCUGCCAAUUGAGGAAAUUCCCGACUCCGAGGGAAUGAUCCCAAAUGCUGUCCAGGGCUUGGAGGAGGUACCCAACAUUCCAGCCAUAGAUGAAGCAGAUGCAGCCCUAGUGCCACUGGUAGAAAUGCUGGAACACAGUGACCAAGAUGAGCUUCAGGUUCAAGAAGCUGAAGCCGAGUCUCUGGCCCAGGAGCCAAGAAUCUCGGAGCAGCCUGAUCAAUAAGAAGCUCAUCCUUUCGCAGGUAGGUGUGCUGCAUACUAUUCAGAGCGUGCAACACAAGCAGUGGUUCCAUGUGGACACAUUGUAUAUUGCAAUGGCUGUCUUGCAACAGCCAGAGACCUAGGAGAUAUUUCUCGAUGUCCCCAAUGUCGAGG